UUUGCUUUGCCUCCAUGUCUUCCCUCUCCUUUCUCUUCUUCUCCAUCUCCUCCCUAAGUGUAUCUCUGUCUCUGCAUCUAGAUCUAGAUCUUGCCGGGCUCUCUGUCUCUCAUUCUCUUUCUCACUCUUUGUCUCCUGGCCGCUGCUGUGUCUAGUGCUGUCUUGAUUUUCUCAAUCUCACUCUGGCUAAGUCUUGUCCCUUCAUCUCUGUCUCUUCUAUCUCUCUCCAACCCUUGCCUGGCCUCUCUAAUCUCGCUCUCUGUUUUUCCCUCUGUCUCCCAUUCUGUCUGUCUGGUUUCCCCAUCUGUCUCUGUCUGCUGCUGUGGCUGCUCAGAACCCCCGCCCUGAGCCUCUUUUCUCCUUGCAGCCUAACCACGUGAUGACCAGGUGGGCUUUGCUGGUGCUGAUGGUCCUGAUAUCGGGCAGAGCCCUGCUGGUCACUGGGACCCCUAGCCCAGCCUUCCAGCUCCUCCCUCAGAACCCUCCCCAGGCUGCUCCCUGUCCUGUGACCUCAGAGAGCACUACAGCCACCACCACAGGCCCCUCCACUGCUUGGGGCCACCCCAGCCCUGGCCCUCGCUCGGGCCCCCGCAUCAUCCUCUCGCUGGAUGUCCCCAUUGGCCUCCUGCAGAUCUUAUUGGAGCAGGCCCGGGCCAGAGCUUCGAGGGAGCAGGCCGCCACCAACGCUCGCAUCCUGGCCCAGGUUGGCCGCCGCUGA